CUCUUAUCCCACACUCCACUCUGGACUAGGAUCGUGAUUUUGAUCUUACCUCAACUUCUUCAGCCCCGCAGGAGACAUACGAGAUCCUAAAUCCGUACGCAAUCAUGCGUCUUUUGGAGAUCAAAGGCCCUGGCGAGUUCAGCCUGGUCCAGGUUUCUUCCCAUACCACUCCCUCAUACGCAAUACUCUCGCACACUUGGACAGAUGGCCAAGAGGUCACAUAUCAGGAUCUCGUUAAUGGUACGGGCAAUAGCAAAUCUGGCUACGACAAGAUCAAGUUUUGUGGAGAACAAGCGACAAGAGAUGGCCUGCGAUACUUCUGGGUAGACACCUGCUGCAUUGAUAAGUCAGAUACAGAUGAGCUUAUAACGGCUAUCAAUUCAAUGUUCCGCUGGUAUCGAAAUGCGAAGAAAUGUUACGUAUACCUCGCGGAUGUGACAAUACUUGGCUAUGACGCGGACGUUCAGGCACGCCAAUACCUAUGGGAAGCGGCUUUCCGGGAUAGCAGGUGGUUUAGCAGAGGCUGGACACUUCAAGAGCUUAUAGCUCCAUCAAUGGUCGAAUUCUUCUCCAAAGAAGGCAAGCAAUUAGGCGAUAAACAGUCACUAGAAAAGUCAAUCCAAGAGAUCACGGGAAUUCCAAUUCAAGCUCUGCGAGGAAAUCCAUUCUCUAAUUUCAAUAUAGAUGAGCGGAUAAGAUGGGCAGCACGACGCCAGACAACGAAAGAAGAAGAUAUUGUGUACUGUUUACUGGGUCUCUGCGAAGUGUCUAUGCCGCCUAUCUAUGGCGAGGGGAAGGAGGUGGCACUGAAACGGCUUCAAAUGACAGUAAAAGGAUUCUCUAAUAGUAUUGGCGAGCCGCAAGAUCUAGAAGAAAAGCUCGUUCCUUUUAUCGUACCAUUCGACAGAAAUCCCAACUUUACGGGUCGUGGGACCCAGCUUGCUCAGCUUGAAGGAAAGCUUUUCGUGGGAGAGCAAACGACCAAGGUUGCAAUCACCGGACUCGGAGGUGUAGGAAAGACCCAGUUAGUGCUUGCACUCGUCUACCGAAUCAGAGAAAAGUAUAGGAAUUGCUCAGUUAUCUGGAUACCAGCGACCAACAUGGAAAGUCUUCAUCAAGCAUAUCUCGACGUUGCCCGACGGCUUAGUAUUGCUGGUUGCGAGGAGGAGAAGGCAGAUGUAAAGAAACUUGUGCAAGUUUACCUAAGCAAGGAGAGUGCUGGCCAGUGGCUCCUGGUAUUCGAUAACGCCGAUGAAAUUGAUAUGUGGAUUGCGAAGGCUGGGUCUGAGCCGGGAUCUGGCCGUUUAAUCGAGUACUUGCCCAGAAGUGACCAAGGGUGCAUUGUAUUCACAUCACGCGAUAGGAAAACGGCUGUCAAACUUGCACAUCAGAAUAUAGUGGAGGUACCGGAAAUGGACGAAGGCGUAGCUACCCAGCUGCUACAAAAGUGUUUAGUCAAUCCGGGUCUUGCUACUAGUGGGUCAGAUACGAAAGACUUACUUGAAGAGCUCACCUACCUUCCACUAGCUAUUAUUCAGGCAGCAGCAUACAUCAACGAGAACGGGAUCACAUUCGCAGAUUAUCUAUUACUCCUGGCAGAUCAAGAAGAGGAGGUUAUUGAUCUCCUAAGCGAGGAAUUUGAGGACGACGGGAGAUAUCACAAUAUAAAGAACCCGGUUGCUACAACAUGGCUAGUUUCGUUCGAGCAGAUCCGGCAUCGCGACCCUUUAGCGGCUGAUUACCUGUCCUUUAUGUGUUGCAUCGAUUCGAAGGACAUCCCACAGGCUCUUCUUCCUCCAGGACCUUCGCGCAAGAAAGAGAUAGAGGCGAUUGGGACGCUUAACGCCUACUCAUUCAUACUAAACGGCCCGCAGAUACUGCUCUUGACCUCCAUCGGCUAGUACAUCUGUCCACACGGAACUGGCUUCGGAAAGAAAAAUUGCUUCCUUCUUCGACGGAGCGAGUAAUUAGGCGACUGGAGGAAGUGUUUCCAGACG